AUGAAGUUCAUUUUGGUUUUGGCUUGUCUGGCCCUCUAUGUGGCACACACCUCUGCCCAGGACAACUGCGUUGGACGUCCCGUUCUCCAGGUAUGCACUGGCGGCAAGGACGAAGGCAACAACCGUCAUUGGUCAUGUCGACCGAGAUUCACGCCGGUGAUGUGGUACUACAACAGUCGCACCAGGGACUGUCAAACGAUGAGAUAUCUGGGCUGUGGCGGCAACAACAACCGCUACUGCUCUCUUGCCCAUUGCCGCAGAAAGUGCCGUUAGAUCCUGUCCUGUCCUCUCCUGUCCUGAUCCUGUUUCUUAUGAACCAUUCUGAUAGUAAAUACACAUGAAAUUUUCAAUGCAAAUACAUAUAUUGAAAGUGCCACA